CUGCAUUAUCGGUUAUAUGCAUUUAAAACAGAUACCUCCUUUUUAUGAGAUGGAUCUUUUCCUAGAUGUUGAUAUACGACUCCGUACCCGGCUCCACAAAGCGACUUGAAGUGAAGUUGGAGGCCGAUGCCUCAAAACGGGUCCAAAUGUUGGACGCAACGGAGCCGUGGUGGUAUUAAUGGUGGCUACGAAGGUGAAGAGGGAUACUAGGAUCAUCACUGCCCACUUCCAUUUUAUCUCCCUGCGACGAAAAGCGAGCGGAUCUAGCACACGCGGGCCUAUAUAUCUUGCAUAUAUUAUAUACACACAUGAUCAAGCACGGGGGCAUCGACGAGCAUAACUUUCUUAUUCAUGAAGGGAAGGCAACCAUCGAUUUUGACAAUGCCUCGAGACCGGCCAGCGAUGAUGAGCUGGACGUCGAGCUUAACCAACUGCAGGACUAGUUGCGGGACACGUCUGGGAGAGGGGGAACAGUCGUCGAAAGCGGUCCACGUCGAGGUUCUUGGCCCAUUUUGUCGGAUGGUCGGUCGUCGAACUGGAUUACGUAUCCUGUGUUGGUUUGUCCUGGCAGUUAUCAUGUACAAUAGGUUUCUGGGCUACGUACUAGUCAUGAGAGAUGACGCCUUGCGUACCACUAGUUUGUGUUUGCAAGCGCCUGUCGAUGAUUUCGAGUCGGUCCGUGGCAGACCUAAAAGCGGCCUGCGCCCGCGCCGGCCAGAUAGGGCCAGUGUGGCUGGCGAUCGGCCCAGGGGGGUCGCUCCGUUCAGGUCCUUGUUCGUCUGCCUUAUUCGACCGUUACGAACCACGACUAACUCCAGACAGCGGCCGCUCCCAUCAGCUAGACAGAGCUUCUCCUUGGCUCGGUGACAAGGUAAGCACCCGCUCGGGCAUCGGAUCUAACUCUAAGCCACUUCUAUGCCCGUUGGUGAUAGUCCAACCCACCGCGGCAGAAGAGCUGACGCUACAUCGUGUCCGUCGUUAGCGCCUGUCUCGUCCAACUGUCAUGAACCUUGACAUGCUUGUCCACUCGCAUACCUUCUCAUUGGCGGAGCAAGGAGUCGGCUGGAGCGAGGCCGACCAACUCAGAAAAAAAGGAGGCCUCGACAGCAACACACGUCUUACAGUACAGGCGUCCCUGAUGCAUCUUAAGUUCUGAUACCUAUUGUCGAGGACUUCCUGGAUGAGGAUCCAUGGUACUAGAAGGGGGGCGCUAUCCAAACCCCCAGGGCGAGACUCCGUGCCGACGUCAGCAUCGAAUCGUGGUAAAAGUUCUAUUGGAGAGGUUCGGCACUCUUGGGGGAGGAAUCCCCUGGACUGCUACGCAGCAGUAGCAGCGGAGUCUCGAGGAAUCGGAUUCUUGAGGAAC